AUGGUUGCUGAACUUGGACAAUAUGUUCAUGCAAUUGGGACGGAUUCCAACAAUUCAAUGGAACCCAGAAGUAUUGAAGCGAUUUACAUUGAACCUACGAAGGGACAAUGUACUGGGCACCCAGUGCUCAACCUCAAUACUAAGAAGAUAAUUUCCCGACCCAAGGUCGUUGUACUACCCGUUACCGAUCAAGUAAUCCAGCGUGUUGAAGCUUGGGCUGCUGCCAAAGGUGUUACUUCCAUGAAGUUCUUUGAUAAGAAGAGAGAUUUGGAGACAUUUCAAGAUGGCGAUCAAAUUGCAGGAGUGGAUGACACGGAACAAGAGCUCUUGGCAGAUGCAGGCAAUGAUGUCGAUGAUAUGCCAGAACUCACUGUCAGAUUCCAAGGAGAUGAUGACUAUGAAUCAGACGACAAUUCGGGUGAUGAAGGCGACGAAGAGGAAGAACCUACUGUGGCCGAUUUGGAUCACCAUCAAGAAAAUGUCGAUAGAGGAACGGAUGAUAUUGGGAGCCUCGUUACUGAUCUGGAGGAUCUACAAGAGCCGCCAGGAGAAGAGAUUGUAUUUGAGCCUGAAGAGCCUCAAGUAGCAAAAGUCACUAGAUCUGGGCAAACGUAUGCGCAAGCUGCAAUGUCUGGGCUGAACCUUUCCCAAGUUCCAAAGAGACCAAGAGAAUGGCCUUUGAGCAGGAGUGGCAGUUCUGCCAAUAAGAACAAGAAUCGAGUUGCGACAAGACGCAAGCAUCAAGAAAGAGAAUUGAAACCGUUGAAGAACAAGUUAAAAUCUGGUAUUUGUACCAAAGAAGGAAGUCACAUUACUGAAGACAGUAAAGCUAUCAUUGAAGCAAAGCACAAUAUAUGUUUCCAACAGAUUGGGAAUGAGAUGAAAGCUGAUUAUGAAGAGCACGACGCUAUUCUAAUCGCUCGUUGCAUGAUGCAGAUCAAGGCCAAGUUCGAUACUGAUGAAGGUCUGAACUUCAUCCAACAGUAUUACAUCAAUCAAGGACUUAAAAAGCUUGGUGAUGAUGGAAAGGAUGCUGUGGAUAAGGAAUUGAGACAAAUGCUCCUGAGAGAUUGUUUUACUCCCAAAUUUGUUAAAGACAUGACCGCGUCUGAGCGAAAGAAGGCCCAAUCAGCAAUAAUGUUACUCGCGGAAAAGCAAUUUGAAAAGAAAAUUAAAGGUCGCCUAGUAUACCGAGGCGAUGGAACUCGUGAAUGGUUAUCGCGAGAGGACACUGCAAGUCCAACUGCUUUGCAAGAAGCAAUCACCACUACUUGUGUUAUUGAUGCACAUGAAGGUAGAGAUGUAAUGACGCUGGACGUACCUAAUGCUUUCAUUCAAACUUAUAUGCCUGAUGCUAAAGAAGGAGAAGAUCGUGUCUACAUGAAAAUCACUGGCAUGAUGGUCCAGAUAUUGAUUGACAUGGCCCCAGAGUAUCGCGAAUACGUUGUAUUAGAGAACAGAAAGCGAGUAAUCUAUGUGCGGGUACUACGUGCUAUUUAUGGGAUGUUACAAUUGAGCCUCCUAUUCUAUAAUCAGUUUCAAAAUGAUUUGGAGGCAAAGGGAUUUGUUUUCAAUCUGUAUGACCCGUGUGUUGCUAACAAAGUUGUUGAUGACAAACAGCAAACUAUCAGAUUUCAUGUUGACAAUCUUAUGUCAAGUCACAUGGAUCCAAAAGUAAAUGGCGAAUUUGCUGAGUGGUUGAACAUGAGAUGA